GCCCACCAUCACUCACUUAAGAAACGAUACGCCCAUAUCACCAAUUGAAAGCUACCGCCUUGCACCAUGGCCGCCCUCCGAUCUCAGAGUGCGGCUCGUAUGCUGCGAAGCGCUGCUGCGCCUCGAGUCGCCCUCUCCGCCGCCCCCCGACGAUUCCAGAGCAACGUCACCCAAGCCAGCGGCACCAUCACUGGUCCUGUUACCAGCGAGCCCGACUACAAUAUCGAGGCUGACAAGGCUACCUCCACCUACACGCCCGUCCCUCGAUCCGUCCAGAAUGGCAGCGAAGAGAUCCUUCCCGCUGCUGUGAUCUCAGGCGCUCCCAUGGAGCUCCAGGCCCGAACGGUUCGCAUCUACCAGGAGGCUAAGCCUGCGACUCAGUCCGGCGAUUGGCGAGGUCGACGCUGGCGAAUGGAUUGGGAUAUUCUUCCCAAAGGACAUCGAUGGGAGAACCCUUUGAUCGGUUGGCAAUCUUCGGGUGAUUUUAUGCAAGGCACCCACAUCAAUUUCUCGAGCAAGGAGGAUGCCAUUCACUUUGCUGAGAAGCAGGGCUACGAGUACUUUGUUCAGGAGCCCAACUCUCGCAAGUUUGCACCCAAGGCUUAUGCCAACAACUUCCUGUAUUCUGCCAGGAAGCUUAAGCACAUCAGGACGAAAUAGAUGGCUCGGACAGCCCGGCUCCAUGUAAAUAUGUUAUAAAGGCUCAUUUCAGUGUUUUUCGACUAUAAGAAAUUCUUCU